AUGCCGUGUACUACUAACUACAUGCCUAAGGGAGGGAAAACCGGCAAUGCUAUUUGUGAUUCGUUGCUAUCUACUAUUAAGGUACUGCAAGUUUGCGAAGCCUGUGUUAAGCGUACUGUACCAACAGAACAUAUCAUUGACAACUCCAUCAUUUGCAAAAGUCGGUGUAACGAGUGUCUUUCUAUGAAAUCUGUGUGUGUGGAGUGUGCAGAAGCUGGACAGUCUAGCUGUUUGCCAUGUCUCAGAGCAUGCGACCACUGCUUGGGCUGUGGUAUUCUAUGCAAACGAAGAGUCUUUCUUGUUGCGACAGCUGACUGCGAAGAAGGGAAUAAAAAGGCAUUCUACAUAAUCAAAGAAUCAAUUGCAGAUCAAUCGAUCGACCCCGAGUUGUCUUUGUUGUCGAUCAUUCCUGAUGUUCCUCAUGUCGGAAAAAGCUUAAAGGCUGGUUUCUCAAAUUGGUUUCUAAAGAUUGGCAAAGAAAGAUCAAAUCUAGCUGUGAUUCGUUCUAUGAGAAGCAGAUCAUCUUCCAACGUGAAAAAAGUCAUGACAAAGCUGAUCCCAAAGAAUGAUCACGUUAGAAAUAGAGACCGUCAAGACCCCUCUGCAGUUCUUUCCCUCACAGGUGAUUCCUUGCUAAAUUAUCUUUCUAAUGUUGGGUUGGUAUCUACUACGAUAAUACCUGAGACAUCUAAAUUCACCAUUGAUAAUCGUCCAGGAAUGUACCCGAGACCAAUAAGCGUUGCAAUUGGUUCUUAUGGAUGGAUAUACGUUCUUUACAAUUACGACGAGGUAAAUGGAUUGUCCGACUUACUGAAAGCUCGAUUGCAUUCACCUGUGGACAAAGUUAAAAUUGUCAACAAGCAAGUGAAGGCGACAAGUGUUCAUUUCGCGGAAGGCGUGGUGUACUUAUGUGGAGAUAACAGUCCCAUAACUGUUGUAGAUGAAAACAGUGUUCUUGCUUUGGAUGUUGGAAAGAUAAAGACAGGCCCAGUGGCCAAGCAAGCCCUCCAAACUUAUGGGCUACCUGUUCGUGGGACUGUUGCACAGAUGAAAGAAUGCCUUCAGCAAUACAAGAGCAGGGUUAAAGAUGAAUAUGCUGCCAAACGAUUUCUGAGUACGACGAUAAAUUUUUGGAGAAAUGAAUUCAAUGAACAGCCAUCCUUUACAGCAAUAUGUCUUGUUGACGGCAACUUAUUGUAUGCAGCAUGUGCCACAGAAAGUAUUAUUGCUUCUGUUGUUACUUCUAGAGAUGGCAUUGGUAUGCGCGGCACACUUCAGCGUACUUUUUCGUAUGACGAAAGCUGGCGAACUAUCCAUAGCUUGCGUGUCAUUUGCUCUACGGCGAAAUUGUUUGUGGUUACAAAUUCCGAUAUCGAUAUGCUCGACCUUGAAAGUCAGAUCGGACAUGUUCACGUGGUUGAUAAUGAAAGAGAUGACGUGAUAUUUUCCGACCCAAUCAACCGUAAAAUAUACCAGUACACUCCUGAGUCAGAGAAAACAGAGAUCAUUUCUGGUAACGGAGACGAAAACUGCAUAGAUGGACCUGUUUCACAAUGCAGUUAUCGACAACCCUACGGUAUUGCUGUAGAAUUUGACUAUGUCGUGUAUGUAACUGACGCCAUGUCAGGGACUGUCCACAUCAUCUCUUGUUUGGAAAACACGGUGAAAUUUCUACAAGCUAUUGGCGGCUUAUACAAAAGCUUUUCUGUGCACGACAAAGGCGGCAGCUUUGAAAAACACGAUCUUCGCUCAGCACUGGAAUUAGUAAGCAAGUGUAAAGAUUUUUUGGAAGAAAACGAGCGAGUAAUAAACCGAGAUGUCACUUCAAAGCUACCACGGACUUUAAAUGGUCCCCAAGGAAACGUUGCAUCCAAGACUGUUGAUUCUGUGCGACUGAUUGAAUGGGGUUUAUCCCGUUUGAAGGAUAUUGUGGAACAAUACAAUUACCAGGAAACAAAUUUGCUCAGCUGUAUGACAUUGGACACAGAACACUUUCAUUCAACAACUCACUUUAAAUGCGAAGUAAUGACCAUGCUUCAAUAUGCUCGGUCAUUCGGAAAUUGUGUCAAGGAGAGCAUGAAGAGAUUGUCAUCUUGGAGUGCGCACUAUUUUACGAAUCCCAACAGCUGGUAUCCAUUGCCCGAGGGGACAAUUCAUUUCAGAGAAUUGCCGAAAUUAAAGCCUCUACCAGCCGCUAACCAAAGCGACGAAAGUUGCCAACUUUUGAAGGAAUUCUCUAGUAUUUAUGGGAGAGCUGUCAGACAGCGUUCUGGGCGGCAGGAAACAACCAUGGCCAAAUCUGGUACUUUGCCACCUACUUGCUAUCAGGUUAAUCUACCGAUACAGGAAGUGACUCUUCAUCGUCAGCUGGAUGAAGAGAAUGAGCUGAAUGGAAUCGUUGGACCAGGGAAUCAACCAAACAUAGAAGAUGCCCAAGAUGUUGACUCCAGCGAGGGGGAAGUUGAGUAUGAUUCCGAUGAGAGUGAGCUUGAGUUUGAAGGUGACAAUGAUCAGCGGAAUCAACCUCUUUCAGCAGAACAUGCAGCAGAUACUCCUGAACUAGCAAGAGAGGCUUUCUUCCUGAUCGGCUCCAGGUCAAGAUUUGGCAGAACAGUAAGGUUUAAUGGGAGAUUUGUACAGUAA